AUGCCGAACUUGGAGGUUCUUCACGUCGACAACAAACGGAUCCCCGUCUGGGCAGGAUCGUUGACGCCCUGGGCGGCCCAGAACGGGUACUCGGUCCCGCCCCUCCAGCACCUGACCGAUCUCUGCCUCGGCGACAUCCGCCUGUCGGAGAGCGACCUGGCCGUUCUACUGGCCGCGGUCGGCCCGAAGCUCACAAAAUUUAGCAUGCGGCGCACCUGGCUGCUCCUCGAAGCGGGAUACACGUAUCUCAGCUACUCUCACAACCUCGCUAGCGGCCUCGAUUCGCAGUGUCCUUCGGCCCCUCCAUCCCCCUUCACCAUACAAUUCAGCACCGUCCUCCGCGCCCUCUCCCGCUGGCGAACCACCCUCACCCACCUCUCCUUCACCGCAAACGAGCCACCCCCACAGCACACCAUUCUGUGCCGGCGAUUGUCAGAUCUGCGCCCGGUUGACCUGAGCGAGCUUAGCGCCUUCACCGCGCUUCAGCAACUACAUACGGAGGUAUCUUUCUUCGCGGACCACGCGAGGCUGGGCCAAGACAAGAAUCCCUUCACCAGCACCGUGCCAGAGUCAAUCCGGCAUCUCAUUCUCCGGGGAACGAAUCGUGAUCUCGCCGUGGCUGUGUGUGCGUUCACAAUGGCCAUGGCGCAGGGUCGGUAUACGGCGUUGGAGGAGAUCUGGGUGAUCUUUUCCAAGGAGAGUCACAAGCCAGAUCUAGGCAAGGCGACUGCCUUUGAGCGUGUCGUCCAGCGUUGGCGGAGAUUACGCAGGUUUGGGCCACGGCCGGUGAUGUGGGAGGUGUUGCAGGAAGCCAGCCGGUUUCAAACUUGGGACAGACUGGCAGAUUGGGUUUUGUUGUUUGGGGUGCGGCUCAUCAUUGCGGGAGACUACCAAGGUGGGGGUUCAGGAUGGGAGGAAUGGCCUGUGUUUCGUUAUGGGGAUAGUGACGUUGGUUAA